AACAAAGGUUUGAAGCCCAGGUGAACGCCAGCACAACGAACCAGUGCGCAUGCGUGGAACAUUCGAUCACUGGUGGUGUAGCUAACGGCUAGGCUACGAAUCCAGCCAACAUGGAGAGAAAAGUUCUAGCACUCCAGGCGAGGAAGAAGAGGGUGAAAGCAAAGAAGACCGUCAAAAAACAGCCAGCCAAUCCCAGAAGUCGACAGCAGCCGCAGCUAGAAGCCUCGCCUCAGGAACCCGAGGAACCUGAGGAGAUUCUCGGCUCUGAUGAUGAGGAGCAAGAGGACCCCAAUGACUACUGCAAAGGCGGCUACCACCACGUGAAAGUAGGAGACCUUUACAACGGAAAAUACCAUGUCAUCCGGAAACUGGGCUGGGGACACUUCUCCACCGUGUGGCUCGCCUGGGACAUCCAGGUGAAGAGGUUUGUCGCAAUGAAGGUGGUGAAGAGUGCGGAGCACUACACGGAGACGGCAGUGGAUGAGAUCAAACUCCUCAGAUCUGUAAGAAACUCAGACCCCAAUGAUCCCAACCGGGAAAUGGUGGUCCAGCUGCUAGACGACUUCAAGAUCUCUGGUGUCAAUGGAACUCAUGUCUGCAUGGUAUUUGAGGUGUUGGGGCAUCACUUGUUAAAAUGGAUAAUAAAGUCCAAUUACCAAGGGCUGCCCCUGCCGUGUGUGAAGAGCAUCGUAAGACAGGUACUCCAAGGCCUGGACUACCUGCACACAAAGUGUGAGAUCAUCCACACAGACAUCAAGCCGGAGAAUAUCCUGAUGAGUGUUGAUGAGCCUUAUGUCCGGAAGCUCGCAGCUGAAGCCACAGAGUGGCAGAGGGCUGGGGCGCCUCCCCCCUCUGGUUCAGCAAUAAGCACAGCACCUGCUCCAAAACAGACAGUAAAAAUGUCCAAGAACAAGAAGAAGAAGUUAAAAAAGAAGCAGAAGCGUCAGGCGGAGCUGCUAGAAAAGUGCAUUAUGGACCUGGAGGAGAUGGAGAAGACUACAGAAACAAGAGAGGAGGAAGAGGAUGAAGAUGAGGACCCGCAGUCUCCAAAGGGACGGGCUUGCGCUCCUCUCAGACAGGUGUCUCUUCUCGAGCUAGGAAAUGAGGAAACGGAGGAUCUCAUGAGGGUGGGGCCCGAAGGGCUGUCAGAGUUGAACUGUAAUGGCCAUGUGGAGGUAGACCAGAGGCAGUCCCAAUGGAGGGACGAAGACCAACACAAUGGCAACGCAGAGCCCACAGAGGAAUGUGCCAGUCAGGAGGAGCAACGCAAGGAGUCCCUUGUUCACCCCAUCUGCAACGGUGUGGACUCUGCAGAUCUCAAGGAGCUGGAUGCAGAGACUAAAGACAGGGGUGCUCACAGAAGUGGAGUAAUGGAGAGACACCUUCUCGCUGGGCUGGAGGAGGGAGAGCUCGAGCAAAGCAUUUUGCAGGACGACGGUCCUGACUGUCAAUAUACAACCCAGGAAAGCCUGAGAAACGGCAAGCUAACAGCAGGAUCCCUGUUAGUUAACCCCCUUGAGCCACUCAAUGCAGACCAGAUCAAGGUCAAGAUUGCAGAUUUGGGAAAUGCCUGCUGGGUGCACAAGCACUUUACAGAAGACAUCCAGACACGGCAGUACCGUUCCUUAGAAGUACUCAUUGGUUCUGGAUACAGCACACCGGCCGACAUAUGGAGCACAGCCUGCAUGGCAUUUGAGCUUGCCACAGGGGACUACUUGUUUGAGCCACAUUCUGGGGAAGAUUAUUCAAGAGAUGAAGACCAUCUUGCUCUCAUGAUUGAGUUGCUUGGUAAAAUCCCUCGUCACUAUGCUCUGAGUGGGAAAUACUCACAGGAAUACUUCACCAAGAGAGGUGAUUUGAAACACAUCACCAAGCUGAAGCCGUGGGGCCUGCUGGAGGUGCUGAUUGACAAGUACGAGUGGCCCCGUGAAGAAGCAGAGUGCUUCACUGACUUCCUGCUUCCCAUGCUGGAGCUGAUCCCAGAGAAGCGAGCCACGGCCGCAGAGUGCUUGCGCCACCCCUGGCUCUCCCUCUAGUGGGGCCCUCAAGCCAUUGCACCUCCCUUCCCUCUCACCUUCUCCAGAGACUGCAACAGAUCACUUUCCAGUUUGGGCAUAUCAGAUGAAUAUUUAUUUCUCUUUUUGUUUCGUCGUUUUGGGUCUCUUAUGUUCUCAUUCUUGAACUAAAGCUUCUGUGUAUGUUUGGCUUGUAUUUGUUGGUUCUUCUCUUGGCGCGGUGACGUCCAGAAUCCAGUGGAAUAUUUUACUUUUAUGGUUAUGUUGGCUCCAACUGCUGUGCGAACGAAGCAAACCUGUUAUUGUACUGCUAGUGACUCAUCCUUGUUUGUUACACUCCUGCACUAAAACCCAAACAAAGCAAGGAUAUGUAGCCUUUAUUGGUCAUUUUUGUCCCCUUUAAAAAAGGACCCGCUAUCACUUCUAUUCUCGUGCAUUUUCAUUAGUGCUGUGUUGUUGUGUGUGUGUUUUUUUUUUUUUUUUUUUUUUUUAUUGAAUAAUUUUAUCUUUAUAUUACACAUGUAAGGUAAAUAUUUUGUAUUUGUAAAGUAGGCUUAGGAAGUUGCACACUGGGCUGACAUUUACACUGACUGUGUAUUAGCAUUUCUCCAGCAGACUCUAGUUUCUUACAGAGAAGCCCACUGUCUGAUAAUGUAGGUCAUAUUAUUUAGCCAUAACAAAUCCAUUCUCACCUGGUAUUUAGCGUGGUGGUUAGUUAAUUAGAAUAAAUUAGAUCUUUCAUUCUAAUGGGAGGCUGGUAUUCUCAUACACUUAUUACAAUUCAGGAAUAGUGUUUUAAAGGUUUCAACAAGAUGACUAUGUUAAGAAGCCCAAUUUAAAGGAAAAAAAAUGUAAUGAAAAUAAACUGUAUAUAUCUGUACCAAAGACUUUGCCUUUAUGUAUAUUACAGUUAUGUACAGUUUUUAACAAAUCUUAUAUCUUAGCUAAAAUUAUUUAGCUGGGUAGCUGUGUUUUAAUAAAGCGUAUGAAAGAUGUGUUCUGUAUGUAUGGCCAACUGUUCAAUAAUGUCACUGUUUUUACCAUAGAAAUGGUGAGAUCUGAUGUUAUGUAAUGGUGUCCCAAACUGAUCAUAUUUUAAAGUAACCUAUGUAUCUGUUGAGGCCAAGGUAGAAAAAACAAAAUUUACAUCAGUGUGAAAUUCAAGAGCAAAGACUUUAUGUGAGCUGUCAGUUUAAAAAACUGUACAACACACCAUACAAUAAAACAGAUGUUCAUACAGCACAAAAUGA